CUCUAUUUCUUUUUCAUCUUUUUAUAUUUUAUUUUAAUAUGCCAAGACAAAUAGAGCCUAUUUUAUCCAACAAAGAUACUAUUGUACCGCUUGAGAUUGAUUACCCAUAUGGCACCAAGAUACCCAAUUCGACACACCCUCCACAGCCCCAUGAGCAGAUCAUCCCUAGCCAGCAUGUCCUUAAAGAUGAUAAAACGACUUGGGAGACUACCAUUGAUACUUGUAUCAAGAGUAUCGUCUCAAUCAAAGGAUACAGAGCUCGAGGAUUGGAUACCGAAUUACCCGGUACAUUUGUCGCUACUGGAUUCAUUGUCGAUGCCAAGAUGGGAAUUAUACUUUCUAAUCGACAUGUAGUAUCCAUCUCACCUACAGUGGCUCAGGCAAUACUUUGGAAUAACGAAGAGAUUGAUUUAGUACCAAUCUACCGAGAUCCAGUACAUGACUUUGGGUUUUUUAAAUACGAUGUAUCAAAGAUUAGAUAUUCUGAAAUACCCGGUAUACCGCUUUACCCUCAAGGCGCUAAAAUAGGCCAGGAGGUAAAAAUUCUGGGAAACGAUGCUGGUGAAAAACUAAGUAUAUUAUCGGGUACUCUAGCAAGAUUAGACAGAGAGACACCUAACUAUGGUAUUGGUGAAUACAACGACUUCAACACGUUUUAUUAUCAAGCGGCAUCAGGCACAAGCUCUGGCUCAAGCGGUAGUCCGGUAUUAGACGUAUACGGUAGAGCAAUAGCCCUUAAUGCAGGUGUAGCAAUCGCUUCAUCAGCCGGUUAUUACUUGCCACUCGAUCGUGCUCAGCAUGUUCUGGGCCUCAUACAAAGGGGGAUGCCGGUUCCAAGAGGAACCGUUCAAGCAACCUUUGAAUUCAUGCCGUAUGAAGGUUUAUUGCAAUUAGGUCUCAGUCGCCAAGUUGAGCGAAAGUUGAGAACCGUUCGCAAUUCGUCUCUAACAACAGAAACAAAUGAAGGAUUGCUUGUAGUCAAGUCUGUUCUACAUGGAGGUCCUGCUGAUGGCAAGCUCGAGCCAGGCGAUAUUUUAUUAACUUGUAACAAUCAACUAUUGUCGAAAUUGUUUAUCGAUCUAGAAACUAUACUCGAUAAUGCAGUUGAAACUCAGACAUCCGUUUGCUUCAUGGUUCUACGAGCAGGAGAGCCUAAAAAGGUUACGAUUGAUGUACAGAGUCUACAUGAUAUCACGCCUUCAAGAUAUCUUGAAUUUGGUGGAGGUGUACUGAAUGACUUGUCUUAUCAAAUAGCAAGAUCUUACGGACUGUCUCUUAAGGAAGGUGGUGUAUACGUUGGCACUUCUGGCUUCCUUCUCGGAAACGCUGGAGCAUCACGAAAGUCGAUUAUAGUUGCGGUUGACAACAAGCAAGUCAAAAAUAUUGAUGACUUUGUCUCUGCUAUAUCCGAUAUUGGUCAAGGAGAAUGGGUGCCUAUUCGAUAUUAUUCUUUAUCAAGACCAAUGAAGACAAAAAUAGAGGCUCUACAAGUAGAUUGGCGCUGGAAUAAAUUCCAGCUAGCAAAAAGAAAUGAUAUUACAGGCAUAUGGGAUUAUGAAAGGCUGCCGACCCCUCUAGAUAGCCGCUUAGUAAAACCUGUUACAGCAAACGUAUCCUCCAAUAGCUCAUUAUCAAAAGAAGAAGAAGAAGAAAAAGAUCCUUUUAAAAGGCUAGUCUAUAGCAUUGUUUCGGUUGAGUGCAAGACUCCUUUUGUAAUUGAUGGUUGUCGAAAUGGUUAUGCGUACGGAGCAGGCAUCAUCGUUUCGCUUGAUCCUCCUCUCAUUAUCUGUGAUCGUGACACUGUUCCAAUCGGAAUAGGCGUUAUUUCCAUCACAUUUCAACACUCGCUCACAGUCCCUGCCGAAUUGUUAUUUUUGCAUCCUUUUUAUAACUUUGCUGUUUUGAAAUUUGAUCCUCAAGCCAUCAUUCAAGCGGGAAUCAAGAUAAAGGCUGCUGUACUGGAUAAGCGUGAUUUUCGUCUUGGUGACACUGUAAAAUAUAUAGGGCUUACAGGCGGCCCCAAGAUUAACACUCAAACAACAACAAUAGCUUCACUUGUUCCCAUUCGUACCAAGGAAACUUCGCCACCAAGAUGGAGAGCAAUGAACGUUGAUAUAUUUAAAGUGGCAGACGGCAAUUUGUCAAGUCUAGGUGGAGUGCUUGCAGAUGAUCAAGGGCAUGUUCGUGCUAUAUGGAUGAAUUUUUCAAUAGAUAACGAAGCAAAAAAACUAUCAAGUAUUACUGGCGGUAUUCCCGUUCGCUUAGUACUCCCUGUGCUGGAUUGUAUUAAAGCAGGAAAACAGCCUGUUGUAUAUGGUUUGGAUGCGGAGUUUUGGACAUUACAGUUGUCUAAUGCCAGACUUUUGGGCUUAAAGGAAGAAUGGAUACAUAAAGUGACAAAAGAAGCAAGUGAUAAAACUAUGCAGCCAUCCGUCUUGUGCGUUUUAGGGAUUACGGAUCUGUCCACGCCUUCUGGGAAAGCAUUAAGAAGUGGCGAUAUGAUUUUGGAAAUGAAUAAUAGAGUGAUAACAACACUAUCAGACCUUGCAUUAUUUAAUGAUACCGACAGGCUGACUAUGACCAUUCUUCGUGAUGGAAAGGAGCUCACACUAGAUGUUUCCACUACUAAACAUGAUGGUAAGGAAACGACUGAAGUCGUUGGAUGGCAAGGAAUGUUGGUUCAAGAAGCUCAUCGGGCAGCCAAAGAACAAGUACAAAAGUGUGUACCUAAAGGAGUUUAUGUAUCCUGUUGUCUUUAUGGUUCACCUGCUCAAGCAUCUCUCGAACCAGGUGUUUGGAUACAUGCGAUCAAUCAAACACCUGUCACGUCUCUCAAAGAUUUUAUUGCAGCAGUGAGCAGUAAACAGCCGACAAAGCCCAAGAGUUUAUUUCAAUAUCAAGAAUUAGACUCUAACGAGCAAGAUCUGAUCUUGUCACCGACUGAUGAUGCAUCACAAGCGCGAUCCGAGAUAGAUAAUGACUUUCAAAGCGACUCUCAUGUUCAAAUCAAGUAUACUACCAUCGCCAAUGUCGUUCACUUGACGACACUCAAGUUGGAUAAGCAUUAUUGGCCAAUGUGGCAUCUUAAAAGAGAAUAUUCAUAUCACUAUGGUUGGAAGCUAAAAUCAUUCGAUUAGCCUCUUGCAUUCAAUAUUCUUAUAAAAUGUAUCAAACAGAUUCAAUUGUGUUUUACAAAAAGAGUUGCUGUCAUGUGUGAAUUUCAACAAGUGCAGCCUUUUUUAAUUUUGGACUCCGUGUGUAUAUCCCACCCUUUUCCUUUGUUUACAUAAUAUGAAAUACUUGCCCUCAGAGACUGCAGUGCCUGAUUGGAAACUUGACUGGAAACAAAUCCAACCUGCUUUAGAUAGAGCUAGAAAGUCUAUAUCGUCUCUCAAGUCUUCGUCACUAGAAGUUAUGAGAGUGAGUCAGCUUGAUUCCGACAUUUUAGAUAAAGAGUUGAUUGACAUCUUAAGCGAGCAAU